AAGUUGUUAGUAAGAUAAUAAGAGAUUGAUAAUAUUGAGGUUGUUGAUUUGUUACAAUUUUCGGGGAAGUCCGGUUGUAUGUGCAUCGCGUUCAUUAUUACGUCGGUGGUACGAUUAUAGAUCUCAAGGACGAAUACCGUUGAAUACGUUGCAGUUUACCAUUUCCAAGUUAGUAGUGUUUAAUUUUUUUCCGUUCAACAAGUGCAUUUGGAAUUUUAGAUUGGAUAUUUUAUAAUAGUAAUGACCCACCUUUAGUCUAAGAUGACCACUGAGGACAUUUCUAAGAAACUACAAAACCUCAAUUUGGAGAAAAACCAAGACAUCAACAUCUUACUACUUGGCGAAACAGGCGUCGGAAAAUCAACAUUUAUUAACUCCAUCGCCAAUUAUUUGCACUUUAAAAGCUUCAAGAAAGCCAACAAAGCCGAAGAAUUGCUCGUCCUAAUCCCCUCACUUAUCACAGUCACUAACGAAAAUUUCGAACAAGUCACUCUUACCAUCGGCUCUGAUAAAAAUGAAUUCCAAGAAGUGGGCGCAGCAGGAACCCAAGACGUCAAAACUUACGUUUUCCCAAUCGGGGGAGGAAAAACGCGCCUUCGCUUGAUCGAUUCUCCCGGAAUGGGUGAUCCCAGAGGCAUCGAACAAGACGACAUCAACUGCGAAAAUAUCUUGGCUUAUUUGUCCCAACUGAGCGAACUCCACGCCAUAUGUUUUCUAAUGAAGCCGACAACAACCCGAAAAACUAUCUUGUUUGAAUAUUGCGUCAAGCAGAUUUUGUCACGAUUGGAGAAAUCGGCCAGCAAGAACAUCAUCUUUAUUUUUACCAAUACCAGAGGCACGAAUUAUACACCUGGAGACACUUUGCCCUGCUUGAAAACUGUCGUUGAUGACAUUAAGACCAAACCGCCACAUGUUGAUAUCCCUCUGAAAGGUAAUAUCUUUUCGGUGGACAACGAGGCGUUUAGAUUCCUCGUGGCUAUGAAAAACAACAUCAAAUACGAUGAAGAGCUUCAACAGCGGUUUAUCGAUAGUUGGAAUAAAUCGGCAGAGGAGUGUUGGAAGCUUAUUUCGUACAUUGUUGGAGAUGCGGCACACGAUCCAUUGAAACCUCAUCAACUGUCGAACACUAUCAGCAUUAAUGAAGCCAGGAGAAUUAUUACUCAGUUGUCGCAGCCUUUGGCUGAUAUCUCCCAACUGAUUUACGACAACAUCCGCAUUUUGGAGCGUCACAGACGCAAUUUGGCAAUGGAGAAUCAGAGUUUGGAUGAGUUAAAGAAGAAAUUGUACAUCCCCACUGUUAAGCUUGAAGUUACUCAAUUGACGCAACCUGUAACAGUGUGUACAACUCCCAAAUGUGCUGAUGUUGUGAAGGUCGGAGAUCUAAAGAAAUGGCACUACCGGCAGAGAUGUCACGACCCUUGCUAUCUAACCAACGUGACAAAAGAGUUUGUGGGUGAUUUAAAUUUGAUGCAUUGUGCCGCAAUGAUGGGAAGAAUGUGUAAGAAGUGCACUUGCGAUUUUUCGGUGCAUAUGCAUGUGUACUACUUGACGAAAACCAUAGAUGACAAGGUUGUUGAUAGCGUCGUGAAAGAUAAUAUUAAUCAGAAGGAACAAGCACUCCGUGAAGGUCAGAGAUUAAUUGGAGAAAUAGAUCGACGAAAGCGAGAACUGGAAGAAGAACGAGAAGCCAUUAUCAAAAGUACGGCACAGUUUGCCCAUUUUCUUCAACACAACGCAAUUGCACCAUUUAACGAUUCUUACAAAGGUUACAUUGAAUAUCUAAUAUCACGUGAGAAGAGUCUUGGUCGAAGUGGAGAUCCAGAAGUGGUUCACCAUUUGGAACAAUUGUUGCAGCGGUAUAGUGAACUAAAAUCAGCUUUUGACCGAAGCCUUGAACUGAGUCAACAACAUGGCCUCAACACAGUGAUUUCGUCUGCAGUCACAGCUCAAAGCGUUAUGAACACAAUUCACCAACUUUAUAAGUUAAAACAUAACGGUAAAAAGAUCCAUGAGUUGUUAAAGAAACAAAAAGCUUCAAGGAACUCCGAGUACGAUAAAAGCUGCGAGUACGUGCAUCCAAAAUCAUCAGACUUAAGCAAGAAAAGUAAACCAAAGAAGAAAGAUGGUAGCAAAAGCACCGACACUGAAGGGAAUAAAAAGGAAGAGAAGAAGAAGAAGGCAAGCAAAACUGACGAUGAAUCGAAAAAUAAAUACAAACAAUACAACCAAAACUACAAUUCGAAUCAAAGAUCGAACAAUCAAGACCACCAACAGCGUCCAAAUUUUUCGUCUUAUCAAAGGAGGGAACCCCCGCCACCAUAUCCUGGUUACAAUUCGGGUCCUUACCAAGGGCAACAUUUUCCAAACCCACGCAAAGAUCAUGACGACAAUCUUAUCUUCAAAGUUGAAGUAAGCCAUCCGAAUGCUGGUACUAAGCAACAAAGAACCAUAAACCCCGAUUAUGCGCAAACACCAAAUCAUGACCAGGUUUACGAUGGUCAUCGGCAUUACCAAGGACCACCCCAUGGGCCUCCCUACUAUGGUCAUGGGCCGGGGGAGUAUCACGGACCCCCACCACAUCAUCAAGGGUAUUAUCCUCCACCUCAUGGAGAUUAUGGCCCACCCCAAGGAGGACCGUAUGGUGCCUAUGGUCCUCCUCCUGGCCCAUAUCAUCCUCCUGCUGGCCCAUAUCAUCCUCCUCCUGGCCCAUAUCAUCCUCCACCGCAGCCUUCAUAUGGUGGACCCCAAGGGCCCUAUCAAGGGGGGUACUACGGGCCAAAACCAGGCCAGUAUCAAAGGAACUAUCAACCAGGGCGUGGUCGCCAACAUUUUAAUAAAAAUAAGCAAGGGGGACAUCGAAACCAAUCAAAAGGAAGAAACAGUCAAGGGAAGAAGAGUGGAAAUGAGAAGAGUAGUCGUUCUGAUACAGAUUCGAGCGAUUAAAACGGUGGGAUGUUUUCGUUAUGCAAGGGUUAAGUUUUUAGUGUAAUCGUGUUAGUUAUAUUUUCUACUGGGAGUAUGUAUUGGUUUGUCAUAAAUCUUAUCUUAUGAAUUGAUAAAGUAAACUGUAUUCUUUAGAGGAGUUUCAAAUAAAAUUAAAUGAGCA